UGUACGUACUAAGUUUUCUAGUAAAUACUUUUGCAAGAUGAUUGGCAGGGUGAUUUUAGUGAUAGCUGUAUGGGCUGUGGCUAUUAGGGCACAGUCAGAGGUCGAUGAUGUGGAAGACCACAGUACUGUCGGAUAUUCCAACGAUACUCAUGAGGAUGCAAAAUUGGAUGCGCCCGGACUAAUCUCAAAGUAUGGGUACCCAGUAGAAACCCACAGAGUAAUAACUUCAGAUGGCUACAUCUUGACUGCUCAUCGGAUUCCUCAUGGAAAAUAUAAGAACAAUGAACCUGGACCUCGACCUGUGGUCUUCUUGAUGCAUGGUCUCAUGUGUUCGUCGGCCGAUUUUAUCGUAUUAGGGCCAGGGAGCGCUCUUUCUUAUCUUUUGGCGGAGGAAGGUUAUGAUGUCUGGAUGGGCAACGCUCGUGGGAACUUCUACUCCCGCAACCAUACUACCCUCAAUCCUGACACCGAUAGAAAAUUCUGGCGAUUUAGCUGGGAACACAUCGGCUUAUACGAUCUGCCAGCUUUUAUUGAUUACAUAAUUUAUAUUACUGGAGAAAGCAAAAUGCAUUACAUAGGACAUUCUCAAGGGGGCACUGUGUUCUUGGUGCUAAAUUCUUUGAAGCCUGAAUACAAUGACAAGUUCAUCUCAUUCCAAGGUCUUGCACCGGCCGCAUAUUUCACGCACAGUGAGAAUGAGAAGAGAGAUCAUCUAGCCCGGUAUAUUCAUAUUAUCGAGCCUAUAUUCUUCAAACUGACCAAGGGCGAGUUAACAAAUAGUACCCAAAUAAAAAAAAUGUUAGAUAUUAUUUGUCGAAAUGAAUCAAUUUUAGAUACAAAAUGCGUCGAGACUGUCGUCAGAAUAUUAUCACCUGAUGUGGCAGUCCUUAAUCAGACAAUGCUUCCUGUCUUCUUAAGUCACACGCCAGCAGGCGCUUCCAUCCGGCAGUACACUCACUAUGCUCAAAGUAUAAAUCGGAACACAUUUGCUCGCUUCAACUAUGGUCCACUUAUAAACCUGAUAUUAUAUAAGAGCGACAUCCCGCCAGAGUUUGACGUAUCAAAAAUCACGGUACCAGCCUAUUUGUACUAUGGUAUGAGUGAUCACGCAGUUAACUAUAGAGACACAUUCAAACUAGGUUCAAUGUUAGGCAACACUAUUGAAACUAUAAAAAUUGAGAGAGAAACUGUCAACCACUUUGACUUUAUUUGGGGUACACAUGCGAAAACCGAGAUCUAUGAUACUGUUUUUGAUAGAAUGAAGAAAGCACCAGAACAUGAAAAAAGGUAUCAACUAACAUAACGAACGAUGUUCUGAAAUACAUUUACCUACCCGGGCCAACAACUAUGAUCAAACUUUUGCGACUACUUUAACGCA